CAGGUGUGUGGAGGGAGCAACCAGCAGAGAGUAAAGAAUAAGUUUAAAACUGAUGAAAAAGGAAGUUCUUUUUUCACAGAGAAUGUCAUUAAAGGAUGGGACUCGGCAGAUGCGGUGGAGGCUGACAGUGCAGCCCGAUUCAAAAAGGGUCUGGACAUGUAUUGGAAAAAAGGUGCAUCAAUAACUAUUGAGCACGGAAGUGAGGGAGACAUUAGGGAGUUGUAAUUCAGAGGCUGCAAGUGAGAGUUGCUGCCUCAGUUUCCCCUCCCAUGCUUUGCCGGUUGGACUCUCUUUAAGGAUGUAGCCCUUCUCACUGGGCAUCUUUACAACAUGGGGCCAAAGGGUGGAUCCAGAGGUGGUGGGUGCUGCAGUAGCUGUGCUGCAUUUGAGCACAGCCCCUGCUUUUGCCGGACCCCAGGGUAUGUGCAGCUGCCGCGGGCUUGUCCCCUCCUCCCCCUUGCCGCCGAAUGCACUGGACAGGGGGAGGAAGGGGAAGGGCGAACAGCAGCAGCAUUCACCCCUUGCUCCUUGGAGCCUGCGAAACUCCGGCGCUGACCGGGCAGGGAGCUCAGAGUAUGCUGCAGAGGCGUAACGUGGCUGAAGUAUGGGGAGGGCUGCACCCUCCUUGCCCCUUUCUGGAUCUGCUACUGAUGGGCCCUGCUGUUUGUCUGAGGUCUCUAGAUGCCACCGCAAUAUAAAGCAUAAAUGAUUCAGGGUCAAACCUCUUCCUGGCUAGAUCUCUGUCUCCGGCAUCCCACAUGGAGCAGAGGAGCGCAGCCAGGGCUACGCAGGGGCUGGGCUGCUGAGCAGGGCUAUUGCUGUGUUCUCAAAGCUGUGUGUUGUUUCCAGGGCCCUGGUGUGAGAUGCCCCUGAUGGGCCCCUUUGUACCCACCAUGUACUGCCUCAGCAGGAGCAGCUGUCCCCUCGGCACCGCAGACCCCCUCUCCGUGGUCUGCAGCCUCCGCUCGCCGACAGCCGAGCCCUUUCCGCUGACCCCAGCCCUGGCCCCACAGCCCACGGCCCUGCAGGCGGUGAGCUUGGUGGAUCGCUUGGCAGAGCUGCUGCUGGAAGCUCGCUACGGGCUGCCCCAGAAGCAUCGCCGCAGCCGUACUGCCUUCACGGUCCACCAGCUGGAGGCGCUGGAGAGAGCCUUCGAGAAAACCCACUACCCCGACGUGGUGACCCGGGAGCAGCUGGCCGUGUUCGUCAACCUGCCCGAGGCCAGGGUCCAGGUCUGGUUCAAGAACCGCCGAGCCAAGUUUCGCAAGGGGCAGCGCCGUCAGCUGGAGAAGGCCAAGUCUGCCAGUCCCAAGGGAGGAGACGGAGCAAAGGGGCGCCUCUUGCCGGAGCCGAGACUCCGGCCAGCAACUGAGGGCAGUGCCCUGGGAGCGGAGCAUCGCCUUGUCCCUCCAAGGAAGGUUCCCGGCUCUGCUGAGCCAGCACCCCAGUGUCUCCAGCAGGCCCCUUCGCCAACACCCAGGGCUCAGCUGCUGGAUGGGAUGUGGCUGGACUGCGGAAGGAGGAGUGACCCAAGACUGUGGCACCUGCCUUCACUUUCCUUCCCCACCUAUUGGCAAGCUUUGUAGGGAUCCCAGGCUUUGUGCUGUGAUUGCAGGAGUCUCUGCCUGCUGCGCGCCAGGAUAUAUAGGCAGGGUAUAUCUGCCCCAGUGCCAGGCUAUGCCAGCUCACCCAGCUGCCACCUGCAUAUGAGUGCCUUUUUGUGCAUCCCACCUGUCUUAAACCCAGGGAGUCCUGAGCUGGGCUGUGACAUGCACAGGACAUGGGCUGGUGCCCGGUGGUGUGAACUCUGUCCCAGCCCAGAUCCCAACACCUGUGUGUGUAGGGGGAGCCCCUCUCUGGAGACCUUGUCUCAGGGGCAAGGUAGGAGGCAGCAGGUGCUCAGUGGGUUUGUUAAUAAAAACUCCUUCUGUGUCAAAAUAAAGCAGGUUUUUGGGUC